GAUUGUGCUGUCUGACCCAGCCUUUUGCUACAUAUAUUUCGUCUAACCCUUUACUGCUUAGCAUUGCAGAUCAAGAUUCCUGUUCAGUCCCUAUACAUUUUCUUAAAUCUAUCCUCAGACUUGAUAACUGAUUAUCAGCAGGGAUAAGCAACUCCUCCUCCCCUCCUUCUUUACAGCUUAAAUGGGCAUCACAAACAGGCGCAUUGCAUAGGAACUGUGCCACAAAUGUUCACUUCCAGGAUCGAUGUCACAGUUGUACAGUGCCAUCCUUUAUCAGCUGUCGUCUAAUCUAAUCUAUGUAUUGCAAAUCAGAUCUCAGCACCCUCCACCCUCCUUUUCUCUUCUCUAUUGUCUCCACCUCCCUGCCUGCAACCCCCUUCUUCUCUUGCACUCUCUCUUUCUCCCUCCCUCCCUCCCUCUCUCUCUCUCUCUCUCUCUCUCUCUCUCUCUCUUUUUUUUCCUCCCUUCCCUCCCUCCCUCCUUCUCGCCUGCUCUGUCUCUCGAAGUCUUUGGGAUCCCCCCAAUCGACAGUCUCUGUCAUUUGCUCUUGCACCUUACCCCUCCCUGCUGUUACCUGUUGACACGACCAGCACCCAGGUGCGACCACUGCCAAUGACGGUGCGCCGUGGAGAUCGUGCCCCAGUCCCAAUCCGGGAACACAUGGCAAUUGAUGUGUCCCCAGGGCCUAUCCGACCCAUUGCCCAAAUCUCUGCGUAUUUCCCACAUCCUGGCCUGGAAGGGGUGCUGUCCACGCGAGACCGGAUGAGAGGCCAAGGGGCAACGACUGCGUCCCCUGGAACCGGAGAAGGAGAAUCAGCAGAUGGAGACGAUUCAGAUGAGAACACAUCCCUUGGGACUCUCGAUUUUGACCUUCUCUACGACCCAGAAAGCUGCACCCUCGACUGCACCAUUCUCCGGGCCAAGGGGCUGAAGCCAAUGGAUUUUAAUGGUCUGGCCGACCCCUAUGUCAAACUGCAUCUCCUGCCUGGAGCCUGCAAGGCAAACAAACUGAAAACACGAACCCAGCACAACACUCUCAACCCUGUGUGGAAUGAGUCCCUAACAUACAAUGGGAUAACCGCUGAGGAUAUGGCCCGGAAAACUCUGCGAAUCUCUGUCUGCGAUGAAGAUAAACUGACCCACAAUGAGUUCAUUGGAGAGACCCGGGUGCCCCUGAGACGCCUGCGGCCCGGCCAGAAGAGGCACUUCAACCUGUGCUUGGAGCGGCAACAACCGGUGAGAGUGGAGCGUAAGGAGUUUGUAUACCCCAAACUGGCUUCACCUUCCUCCAUGACAGCCGCUCUGCGUGGAAUCUCCUGCUAUCUGAGAGAGCUAGAGCCUCCAACUGGCUGGGCCCUGGAGGAAAGGGGCCGCAUCCUUCUGGCCCUUACCUACAUCUCCGAGCGCCACGGACUCCAGGUGUCCAUCCUCCGCUGUGCCCACUUAGCUGCCAUGGACGUGUGUGGCUACUCAGACCCUUAUGUCAAAGCAUAUCUGAAGCCAGAUGAAGAGAAGAAAUCGAAGCAUAAAACAACUGUGAAAAAGAAGACAUUGAAUCCAGAAUAUAAUGAGGACUUUUUCUACGAGAUUGAGCAGUCAGAUCUUGGUCAGAAAUCUCUGGAGAUAACAGUUUGGGAUUACGACAUUGGGAAAUCUAAUGAUUUCAUUGGUGGGGUGACCCUUGGUCUAGGGGCCACAGGAGAAUGCCGACAGCAUUGGCUCUCAUGCCUUCAGACCCCCGACUGCCGCCUCGAGCAUUGGCACACACUCACCAACGAGCUCCCAGAAUCCUCUGCUUUUGGCCCUUGAGAAGCCUAAAGAACUGCAUCUUCCCAUCCUGCCUGCCAAAAAACAAAAAACAAGGAGGAGGGGCACAGCACCAAGGGCCCCUCCUUUGCACGAGGACGUUUGCACGUUUUCAAAAUUACUUGUUGUUGGUGUCCAUUUAUAUUAUGCUCUAGGGAAGGGCUGUCCCCUCUUUGGGUCUGCUGUGCUAAGGCAAUGAGGAAUUAUGAGGUUUGAGGGGGGGGGGGAUUAUACAUGGGGAGAGCAAUAGAGGAAAAAGAAGAGGCUAAUAAGAGAGACUGUGCCACUUCUUAAAAAGUCAAAAUUCAAACCAAUGAAAGUUUACAACACCCAGCUAUUUUUCCCCAAACUCCCAGAAAAUCUUUUUUUCCCAAAUUGCCCAUGGAUAUGAAAUACAGCUUUUGAUAUCAACCUUUUGAAUUAAAAGAAAAAGACAAAACAGCUUCUGGCAGACAAACUACAGCAUGGGUUUUUAAAACAGGCAAACGAAAGAAUUGAAAUGCACUUUAAAACCCACAUUCUUUAACAUAUUUUUCCCAAGGUCCAAAAGUUCUUUUCUCCUUGUUUCCAUACCAACAUCUUCCCCUGCUCUUUGUAACCUAGAGUGACAUAUGCAAUUUGCACUUCUGAACCAUUAAAAAGAGUGUCCACACUCUCUUGGCUUCCUGGGUAGAUUAAAGGGGCUUCCAUCUGGCACAUUUCUUCCUCGUAACUCAGCUUGUUAAGAGGCAUAUUAGCUUGGCUGCUCAUAACCACUGACGUUUAAGGACAGACAGAGACCCUCCGCAGUCUCCCUCCUGCAUACAGAGCGAGACGAAAAUACUGUGCCCUUAAUGAGCCACCUCUGGCUUUCCUUUCGUCUCUUUCAGAAAUGCUGACUACUUCCAGAUUUUAAAAAAACACGUAAGGCCCAGUUUACAUUUCUUCUUGAUGCAGAGGAAUUUCAUGGAACUGUAGAGUGGGAAGGGGCCGUGUAGACCAAUGCUUCUCAAACUUAUUGAGGAGGCAGACCAGCAGCUUUUGGCCCCUAUGCCAGGGCCUUGUGCCAGAUAUGUUUUCAUAUUUGCAUAGUUUCUUGGAAGUUCAAGGUAGGUUAGCCACAGCAUUCUAUAGAAGUGUUCUCAUUGGCCAUUUAAGUCUAAACUGUCUACUUCAGGGACCUAGACCUAAGCUAUCCUGAAUGAGUGGUCACUUCACCUGUGCUUGGAGAUCUCCAGUUAUGGGGGAGAACAGCUACAAGUCUCAAUAAUUGGCUCAGUUGCUAAACUGCUCUUUCCAUCAAGAAUGUUCUCAUUAUGCUCAACUUAACUCUAUCCUCCUAUAACUUAACCUCAUUAGAUCAAGUUGUGUCCUCUGGCUACAGAGUAUUUCCUUCUUCUUUCUGAAAGCCGUUUGGGUUUUCCGAGUACGCAAUCGUGACCUUCCCUGCCCCUAGUCUUUUCUUUUCUGAGCAAAACCAUUCCUUCACUUCUUCCUCAUAGGACUUACGGUCCAUAUCUUUUGCCCUUCAUUGUACCCAUCCCAAUUUAUCUAUUUCUUUCUUUAAUUGUGACAGUCAGAACAGGGCACAGGGUUCUGAAUGAGGUUGCGCUGGCACACAAAGAAAUGGAACUAUUACACUUUAUAACUUGGGACAAUAAUUCUAUUAAAGCAGCCAAAAUCACAUUAGGUUUUAUCACAGCUAUAUUGCACUGCUGACUUGGCUUUGAACUGACUACAGUCCCAAGAUCCUUUUUACACCUACUGCUGCCAACCCAGCUAUUCCUCAGCCUGCAAAUCCGCUUUUUGCUGCUUUACCGUAGGACUUUUAUUUCCUCUCUCAAAAUCCCCAUCCAGUUUAAUAAGGAAUAGUGGGGGAACCUCUGCUAACAGUUUUCAAAUACAACUGCCAAUAUCAUCCUCUAGGCCUCACUUAACUACAGAACUUGGCUGAUCAAACUUUCAUGGGGACUGUCAGGUGUUUUGGCUGAAAUCAAGAUAAAUUGCAUCCCCAUCAUUCCCACAAUUUGAGAAGCUCAUAACCCAAUAGUUUUCUUUUAAGAGUUUAAGCCCGUCAAGAAUAAAUCUUAUUUAAUCUCCUGAUUCUACUUAACACUGUACCACUGUCAGGUUGUAAGCAUCUUCCUGCCUUUUUUUGUUUCUUUUUUCUGACUGAUCACUAUGAGCAGCCUGUAGUGUCCUAGAUCUUCCACUUCUAAUGUAAACAGUCAGUUGUUUACUUAUCUCCAGAUGUGUGGUACUCCAGUCAUUGUCUGGGGAUUUAAUACAUUUAUAUAGGCAUACAUUGCGAAAGCACAAGGGAAUUUCUAUAGAAUGCAUUUCCUCUGACAUUGGAGAGCCAAACUCAUUUAAGGUGCUUAUUUCUGAAGCGAUUCUUUACCAAUCUCAAACUACAAUCCUGACUUCUUUAGAAUUAAUAUCGUUAUUCCAAGGUUUUAUGCAAUCCUUUUGGUGAGAAGGUGAAGAUAAAACAUGUUUUGAGCAGUUCUGCAUUGUUUUUAAAACCGAUUGAACACUUUACCAUCCAUACUAAGCAGCAGGCCUAUUAUAUUCUUUAGUAUUCUCGGCCUUCAAACAUAUUCCAAAAUCUAUUUUCCUUGCUCUUAAAAGACAGCCUUAGCGCAUUCUAAGUUACAGAUUUCCUGAAAUUAUUCCCACAAGCCUGGGAAAAUAAUUUGUCAUUAUUUCAAACAUACCUUUAUAAUAUUGUACUCAUUCCUUUUUGCUUCUAAUUCUUUGAUGCUGCCUCACAAUGACUUUUGUAUGUUUCUCCCAUUUCCCUUCCUUACUGGAAUGGUUUGCAAUUGUGCCUUUAGCAACGCCUUAUUUCUGAGAUGAACCUGACAAAUAUUGCAACUUCUGGGCAUCAGUCAGGAAAGCAGGAUCAGCAAUGGUCAUCCAUCUUGUGUUUACAGGCCUAGAAUUAGCCAGUUUGAAGGGUACUGGUGGUACCAUUCAAGGCAGUAGCUAUCAUGCAUUUAGCUUAUUAUUGUUGUUGUUGUUGUUGUUAUUAUUAUUAUUUAACACUAUGUGGCAAACAGGCAUCAUUUGAAUCUUCUGCCUCAGGUACCGAAACAUCUUCGUCUAUCUCCAUAGAGGCACCUAUUUUUCCUCAUUAUUUCAGUAAGCAAAAUGCAGUACCAAAGUGAAAAAAAACAUUAAUAUAUAAGAUAUGAAUCAAUUUUUAAAGAGAGGCAGAGUCUGCCUUCUAUGCUUAUAAGCAAUCAUAUAGAUUUUCAUUUCUCUUAAAUCUACUGUCACCCAAAUACAAAAACAUAACAUGCUUUUCCAGUUUCUAAAAACUAUGUUUCCGGCCAACAUGGUUUCUUGGUAGGUAUCCCGUCACCACUUACAAACAUCUGUAGCAAAAAUACUCCUCAAACAAUAAAAAUACUGCAGUAAGUAGCAAGAUUUGGUGCCUACUAGGAACAGUUUAGUAAAAUACAUACAAUGUAAAAGUUUGGGGAUAUUACUAUUUUAUAUAAAAAGUAUCCCCAUCUAGAGUCUGAUGGAUAAUCUUCUCCACCAGAUAUUUUUUGGAAGCACUUAAGUCUUCAAAUGUUUACACAAGCAGAGAAAAACUCUUUCCUGCUUUUUAAAGAGGUUUGCCCCCCUUUUUCCGGCUCAGGAGAUUUUAAGCACUUUUUCAGAGUUCCUUCCCUUUUAAAGGAUUUUUUCCCCUUCUUUAGUUAGAAAAAGACAAAAAUGGAGAAAUUCAGCCCACCUUGUGAACGGACGUACUGUUCUCAGAUGAAUUUCUCUUCAUUAGUAAAAGACAGAAAAGAGUGGGAAAACCUCUUGCCUCACUCUGAUGCAAAUUCUUCUAAGGGCUUACAGGGUUUACAUGUAGAGGGAAGAUAUAGGGUUGGGGUUUGAAGGGGAAGUGGGGAGUAUAGAAAUUGCAACCGGAAUUUUUUAUAUAUACAUAUAUACAAAAAAGAGAUCCCAUUUAUUGAUUUGCAUGAUUUUUGGAGUCUGUAAACAAAACAAAAAAAUAAAACGGUGGGGAUGCAAUCCCCUUCACACACUA